AUGGGGCCCCCUGCAGCCGCUGCUGUUGUGAGGCGGCCGAGGGGCCCCGCAGCAACAAGCCAAGACCUCGUUUGUCUCAGCAAAUUCAGGAGCAGCAGCAGCGAGUACGCACGCACAAUCGAAGUCCUGCUGCGCUGCCACAGCAGCAGCAGCAGCAGCAGCGAAGCAAGAGCACCAGACACCGCGGCCGAGAAGCCUCGAGACAGUCUCUCCGUUUCCCAAACACAGCGGCAGCAGCAGCAACAACAACAACAGUGCCUACACCAGCUCGAGCAGCCUAAGCGACAGCAACUGCCGCCGCCGCCGCACCAGCAGCAGAAGCAGCAGAAGCAGCAGCAGAAGCAGCAACAACGGGCCCACAAAACCCCCACUCGCGAGAUCAGACACCCCAGCCCCACCGCAUCCACUGCAGCAGCAGCAACAGCAGCGACUCCCAAAUACUUCAGCAGCAGCAGCAGCAGCAGCACCCCAGCUGCAGCAGCGAGAGCAGGAGGAACACCCCAGCGGCAGCCCCUUAGGAACAGCAGCAGGAGCAGCAGCAGCAGCAGCAGCACCAGCAGCAGCAGCAGCAGCAGCAGCAGCAGCACCAGCAGCAGCACCCGCAGCAAUACCAGCAGCAGCACCCGCAGCAGCAGCAGCAGCACCCGCAGCAGCAGCAGCAGCAAAAUGAAGGACUACGGGCGCGUGUUGGCGCUGCAGUCGCACGUGGUGCGGGGCCACGUUGGGGCAGAUGCAUUUUGCUUCCCGCUGCAGCACUUGGGGCUGGACGUGGGGUGUAUAUACACCUGCCAGUUCGUGGACCUUUUCACCCACGAGGGUUCGCAGCUGCAGCAGCAGCAGCUGCAGCAGCUGCUGCAGCACUUCCAGGCCGCGGCCUUCCUGCCUGCUGAUUCUGCGGGCGGCGCUGCGCCCCCCGCUGCAGCAGCAGCAGCAGCAGCAGCAGGCGGCUACGAGCCCCCUUUUCGCUACAUUGCUUCCGGAUUUGUGGGGAGUGGAGAGCUGCUGCAGCAAAUUGCUGAGUGGCUGGGGGCCCUCAGGGGGGCCCCCGGGGGCCCCCGGGGGCCCCUCUACUUCUUAGACCCUGUUUUAGGGGAUUGCGGCAAGCUGUACGUACACCCCAGCUGCGUCAGCAGCUACAGCAGCAAGCUGCUGCCUCUCGCCGAUGUCAUUACACCCAACCAGUACGAGGCGGGCUGGCUGCUGGGCAGCAGCAGCAGCAGCAGCAGCAGCAGCAAGGAGCAGCAGCAGCAGCAGGAAGGGGCGGGGUGGCGGGACUGCUGCUGCGAGGCCGUACCCAUUGACAAUUUUGCUGCUCUUUUUGCUGCUGUUGCUGCGCUGCACCAGCUGGGGCCCGAAGUGGUGGUCAUUACUUCUGUGCAGUUCCCUUCUGCUGCUGCUGCUGCGGAGGCCCACGCCAUCCUCGCUGCAGCGCAGCAGCAGCAGCAGCAGCAGCAGCAGCAGCAGAAACCCGAAGACUACUUGUUCAUCGUCGCGUCCCGCAGGGAGCGGGAGGUGCAGCGCUGCGCGCCCUCAGCAGCAGCGGCAGGCGCAGCAGCAGACGCGGGAGAUGCAGCAGCAGCAGCAGCAGCAGCAGAAGCAGUAGACGUGCUGUAUGCUGCUGCUGUGCCCAUCAAACAAGGAUAUAUAGGAGGCGCCGGAGAUUUAUUUGCUGCUCUUUUUCUUGGCUUCUUUGUCCGGGAGAAUUUCCAUCUGGGAAAAACUCUGGAGAAAACAAUUGCUGCAGUCCAGGGCGUGAUAGAAGCCACCAUAAGCCGCUCGCCGCGGCCACAAACUGUGGAUGCUGUUGCUGCUCAAGAAUUUAUUCUUAACCCCCCGCCCUCCUGCAUGCACCCAGUGGUGCUGCUGUCGCGGCAGCAGCUGCAGCAGCAGCUGCAGCAGCAGCAGCAGUGA